CAGUCAUACAAUUCCUCUGAGCUUCAGCUUCCUAUUUAUAAGAUACUUUGUGAGGAUUAAAUGAGAAAAACUUGUUAACUGUUUAACUUAAGGCCUAGCACAUAGCAAGUGUUCAAUAAGUGUUAGCUUUACCAUCAAAUCAUUCAUUCAAUCAACAGCCACUGAAGCUUAUGCACUGGUGAUCAGGGGAGCCUUUGUGGAAAGGAUGGGAUUGGAGCUGAAAUGAAGGCUAAACCCAUUGGGCAUGAGUGCGUUUUAGAUCCACUUACCAAUCUUUUGAUGAGAGCCAGGAAUUGGGACUGAAGUAGUGACAGUGAUGCCUUCGGGGAACAGAGAGCUCCUGACCCCACCCCCACAGCCAGAGGAGGCCCAGGAGGAGGAGGAGGAGGAGGAGUCCACCCCCAGGCUGAUUGAUGGCUCUUCCCCACAGGAGCCUGAAUUUCCCGGGGUUCUGGGCCCACACACCAAUGAAGACUUCCCAACCUGCCUUCUGUGUACUUGCAUAAGCACCACCGUGUACUGUGAUGACCAUGAACUUGACGCCAUUCCUCCACUGCCCAAGAACACCGCCUAUUUCUAUUCCCGCUUUAACAAAAUUAAAAAGAUCAACAAAAACGAUUUCGCAAGCCUAAAUGAUUUAAGAAGGAUUGAUCUGACAUCAAAUUUAAUAUCUGAGAUUGAUGAAGAUGCAUUCAGAAAGCUGCCUCAACUCCGAGAGCUUGUCCUGCGUGACAACAAAAUAAGGCAGCUCCCAGAAUUGCCAACUACGUUGACAUUUAUUGAUAUUAGCAACAACAGACUUGGAAGGAAAGGAAUAAAGCAGGAAGCAUUUAAAGAUAUGUAUGAUCUCCAUCAUCUCUACCUCACUGAUAACAACUUGGACCACAUCCCUCUGCCACUCCCAGAAAAUCUGCGGGCCCUUCACCUCCAGAAUAACAACAUUCUGGAGAUGCAUGAAGACACCUUCUGCAAUGUUAAAAAUUUGACUUAUAUUCGAAAGGCCCUAGAGGACAUUCGAUUGGAUGGAAACCCUAUCAAUCUCAGCAAAACUCCUCAAGCCUAUCUGUGCCUACCUCGCUUGCCUAUUGGGAGUCUUGUCUAAUUUCAGAUAGUGGUUAGCAUUACGAUGCUGGCCAUAACAAACAAUUCUCACUGCUCUCUUCAUAAACAAAACUCAGCAUGAUACUUUCAAAUUGUGUUCUCAAUGAUAUAUAAUUCCAUAAAAUACAACUAAGACUUUUAAGAUAUGAUGGCAACUUAGUAAUCUAAGAAAAACACCAGAAGAAACAGGAAUAAACCAAAAGAUGUACAGAAAGAGCAAAACCAAAUGAUAAAAAAUAUUUCACAAAUAUUCUUAUAAAUCAUAUGUAACUUGCAACUUUUAAGGAUUCAUAUCCUAUAUAACAUCAAGUGAAGCAUAUAAUAAAGAAAAAUUAAAAAUGAACACUUUAGGUAUAUUGCUAAGAUUUAGAUGUUUUUAAUUAAACUUUUCUCUUCCUUUUUUCUUUCACUAAAGCAUGUUUCUGUUUCUGAAUUC